GCCACUCCUUUUUUCCGGCCCUCCGGCGCCCGAGCUCUGCCGCGGGGCUCGGGUCAGCGGCCGUUGUCCGCCCCGCCCCGGGGAGGAGGAGCUGCCGCAACCGUGGUGUUCCCCCUUCAACCACCACCGCCCUCCCGCGGCCAUGGGCGAGAGCCGGGGGCGAGCGGCCCUGCAGGAGCCGGCUGGGCCGGAGCCGAGCUCCCCUCAGAGUGCUGCUGAAAAUGGCUUGGACCCUGUCGAUGAGCCUCUGCUCAGAAAAAACCCACGUCGGUUUGUCAUCUUCCCCAUCCAGUACCCAGACAUAUGGAAAAUGUAUAAACAGGCUCAGGCCUCCUUUUGGACUGCAGAAGAGGUUGAUUUGUCAAAGGACCUUCCUCACUGGAACAAGCUGAAAGCAGAUGAAAAAUACUUUAUUUCUCAUGUUCUGGCAUUUUUUGCAGCCAGUGAUGGAAUUGUAAAUGAAAACCUGGUGGCACGUUUUAGUCAGGAAGUGCAGAUCCCAGAAGCCCGUUGUUUCUACGGCUUUCAGAUUCUCAUUGAGAACGUUCACUCAGAGAUGUACAGCUUGCUCAUAGACACCUACAUCAAAGAUCCUGAGAAAAGGGAUUACUUAUUUAAUGCUGUUGAAACAAUGCCUUGUGUCAAGAAGAAAGCAGACUGGGCUCUGAAGUGGAUUGAUGACAGAGAAUCCACUUUUGGUGAGAGAGUGGUUGCCUUUGCUGCUGUUGAAGGCAUCUUCUUUUCGGGUUCCUUUGCUGCUAUAUUUUGGCUGAAGAAGAGGGGCCUGAUGCCAGGGCUGACUUUCUCCAAUGAACUUAUUAGCAGAGAUGAGGGUCUACACUGUGAUUUUGCUUGUCUCAUGUUCCAUUAUUUAGUGAACAGGCCAUCAGAAGAGCGGGUCCGUGAGAUCAUCGUUAAUGCUGUUGAAAUCGAGCAGGAGUUUCUAACAGAGGCAUUACCUGUAGGUCUGAUCGGAAUGAAUUGCACUUUGAUGAAACAAUAUAUUGAAUUUGUUGCAGACCGGUUACUGAUGGAGCUUGGGUUCUCAAAGGCCUUUCAUGCAGAAAAUCCUUUUGAUUUCAUGGAAAAUAUUUCUCUGGAAGGAAAAACAAAUUUCUUUGAGAAGCGGGUUUCAGAAUAUCAACGUUUUGCUGUUAUGGCAGAAACAAUGGACAAUGUCUUCACUCUGGAUGCGGAUUUUUGAUGACUUGGCAAAUGAACAGUGACUGUUGCCCUCUGCCCAUUUCAGUUUAUGCUGUGAAGUUGUCUCCGUUUUCUCUCCUGGAAUUGAAGUCUACUGUUUUUUUUUUUUCCUGGGUUUUCAUGUUGUUUGCCAGAGAAGUAAAUAUAUUUCUCUAUUUAAGGAAAAAAAGGGGGGGGUGUCCUUUUUAUAUGGCUUUUUAGGAGGAUUGCCUUUUGAAGAUUCCCUUGAUUCAUCUGCUGUGAUUGCUGUCUUUAAAAAUCACCUGGAUACAGCUACUUUUUAAAGACUUCGGUAGUACUUUAAGAAAGCAAACUGUGUAUUUACCUCAUGUUAUGGGAUUUUAAUCUGAAAACCAGAUAAGGUAGCACUCUGUAUAUAUGUUGUUAUAAAUGAUUUUCAUGGUUUCUAUUUUCAUGUUUAUAGAGUUGGUUUAGAAUAAAAGCUCUUCCCUUUCAUCUUGCUGUAGAUAGAGUAAUAAGUGAUUGUGGGAAGAUAUAACCUGUGUACUAUAAAAUCUUGCUAAAUCCAGGGAUACACUUUGAUCUUCCCAUUAACUUGGGUUCUGUCUGGAAAUGUUUUACUCUGGUUGCAAAACCGAUGGCUGCUGGUGGGAGUUUAAAUCAAAUACAUACGAUUUUUGUCUUACAGCUGUUACUGAGCAGGUCAGUGGUCUUUGAAUGCUCCUUGAAAAGGCAAGCCUGUUAAUAGAGGAGAAAACACACAUCCUGUAUGUCUUUGUCUUGUGCUCCUUGUUUUUCCAUGCUUCUCUGAACAAGUGCCUUAUUAAGCAGUCUGUAGUUGUGCUGAGUUGCAAUCAGCAUCCAACACUGGAACAGCCAGCUCUGGGUGUGGUCUGUCUUCCCUUUGUCAUGCUGGGUGGUUUAAUAUUUUCCCCUUCUCUGUUUCCCUUGUGCAUUGAUGGGGUGAGAAGGCAUAUUGUUCCAAAGAAUUAUCCCUGGAGGUGCUACAAACGUACUGCUUAGGCUGUAAGGAAGCACCAGUAAUGUGUGAAGGUACUUCAAGUUGUGUGUUUAAUGUGAACCAUUGAAACCAUCACAGAAUCGAUUCUGGAGGAAGGCAUUAAACCUUUUAAAACCAAAUCUUGAAGUAGUGUGGAUCAGCAGCAUCUCACAGAGGACUGCUCUUUGGGUUUUGGUGUGUUCCAGUGUGUGUCUGGAAGUUGCUCAAGUUCUUUGAUGUCACAUGCAGCAAAUGAAUCAAUGGAGUAAUGGCAAGCAUGCUGCAGGGGUACUUGGGAUGGAAGAGAUACUAUUCAGUUGUAGGUGGGUUACUUGCAAAUAGAUAUGUUCUUUUUGCUGAAGUGAGUGCACAUGAGCUGGACAAAGGGUUCUUCAUUAAACCCAAGCAUUUUUUCAUAAUGUUCAGCAAUUUGUAUAAGAGCUUUUAUAAGUCUUUCUUAUUGUUGCAAACAUCUUGUUCUGCUUUCAAUACGCCUGCCAUGAGAUGAGCUGACGGCCCAGGGUUAUUGGUGAUGGGGUGGUAGGGGUGUUAUUUCCCUGCCAGCCCACAUCAGGCAUAGCCCUGGGUACUUGAGUUCCAGGAAACAGGUCCACUGCUUUAGCAUAGUUCCUAGUGAACAGUUGUCCCUGGUGUAAAAAUAAGCAGCAGAACUGACUCUUUUUGUUUGGUCUCAGUAAAAGAUUGUAUGUAAUGGGCACGGAAACAGGACGGCUAUCUUGCCUACAGAAGUGCCUGCUUCAUUUGACAUAAGGUACUUAGGGAGGGCAGAGGGGAUCUUGGAGAAUACAGAGAAAAGCUGGGAUUGAUGUCCCUCACUAGUGCCCUGCAACUGCAAGAGAACUAUGGGCUUGGGAAGAAAAUCCAGCACCUUUUGGAAAUACUGUGGUACUGGGGGAAAAAGAGAAAAUUUUGUUAAAUGGGUCUGUUAUCUGAGGAAUGGAACCUAUUUUUAUGUCACUAAAACUGUGAAAAAGCGUUUGUUUUGAGUAUUGUGAAUUAGGAAGAGAGUGUACAGAAUAUACAAGUAUGAAACUGCUAUGUGCUCAGGUUUUGUAAAUGCAGAGGAGAUGCCAAAGUCUGGUACAGCAGCUCCCGUUUGUGUGUAUAAUACGUGUACAGUUUCAAUAAAACUUGAAUGUGGAGAGGA